GUUCAACCUUUACCUCAGUAACGUGCUGACAGCCCGCACUUCGCCCCCUCCCUCAAGUUGAGGACAUUGCAUGGCGGUAGCACACUCUCGUUGUUCUCAAAUCCAGAGUAAAUUCAAUUGGAGAGCAAUUUCUUAACCUCGAGCGAUAUCGGCCGUCCGCCAUGUCGACUACGACCGGCGCAUUCAUCGCAGGUGGCAUUGCAGCUUGCGGCGCUGUCACUGCGACACACCCUUUCGAGACAGUCAAGAUCCGCUUACAACUACAAGGAGAAUUACAGUCAAAAGAUGUCGCGGUCAAAAAAUACAAAGGUGUCUUUCAUGGCGUAGGAGUCAUUGUCAAGAAUGAAGGGAUUCGAGGAAUCUAUCGGGGUAUUGGGUGUGCAUAUGUCUACCAGAUCCUGCUCAAUGGGUGUAGAUUAGGCUUCUACGAACCACUGAGGGCAGCUGGGACGAAACUUAUCUUUAAGGACGCCAAUAUUCAGUCUCUCGGUGUCAACAUCUUUUCUGGUGCGGCUUCAGGAAUUCUUGGUGCCAUGGCUGGCUCUCCCUUCUUCCUCGUAAAAACUCGAUUACAGUCCUAUUCGCCCUUUCUUCCCGUUGGGACGCAGCACAAGUACCGCAAUGCGAUGGAUGGAAUCAGACAGAUUUAUAGUACGGAAGGAGUUCGAGGCUUAUAUCGAGGGAUGGGCGCUUCGAUGGUCAGAACCGGUGCUGGCAGCUCCGUACAAUUACCAACAUAUUUCUUCGCUAAACGACGGUUAAUGCGGCAUGCUGGCAUGGAAGACGGGCCUGCUUUGCAUCUGCUGAGUUCAACAGCUAGUGGCUUUGUGGUUUGUUGUGUGAUGCAUCCUCCAGACACAGUGAUGGCUAGGUUAUACAACCAGCACGGCAAUCUUUACAGCGGUAUUUUUGAUUGCUUGUACAAGACAAUCAAGACAGAAGGACUUCUUAGUGUGUACAAGGGAUUUACGGCUCAUUUGGCUCGGAUAUUGCCUCAUACGAUCCUCACGCUGAGUCUGGCGGAGCAGACAAACAAGUUUGUACGUGGCAUUGAGACGCGGAUUCUACCGCAGGCCCUCAAGGAUAAGUUAUGAAGGUCUUUAUAGACAACAUAUUCAGAGGAAAGGACGCUGGACUCCGAGCCCGUGUCAGAGGUCACCAUUUCCAAGCCUUUGUACUGUACAUAUUGCAAACAAUUAGAACUCGGGCAAUAGAGAAGAUUGCGUAGGCACUGGAACUGUUAAGAUGCUUUCUAUACCUCAGGUAGGUAGGCAUUUUGUAGUUAUCGUUCGCACACCGAUGAGUUUU